UGGGGUUGAUGUCUUGAGGGAGGCAUUUUUGCGCAAGUCGGGCGGCGGCGGUGAUGUGAACGGAGGGGUUUGAGUUGGGAUAGCUACGCACAGGGACCGCGAUCGGCUUGUAUAUGCCUCCGCCUCACCGCCACUCUUGGGUCCAAUUCGGUAUUUCUGCGCACUCGGAAGCUUAUUAUCCUCGUCUCUCAGAUAUAAUGGUCGAUCCUGUAGCUCGGAGCUAACAUCCUCCUUCAAGUACCAAACUCCCAAUCUGAGCAAACCUCCGAAGGGUGAACAAGUACUGCAGUCAGCAGAUGUCUGUCAUGGCAUGAGCUGUUAGUGCACCCUUGAUGUGGUGCCAAGGGGUGGGGUCGGGAGGUUGAUGAAGGGCGAGGAGACGGGAUUGGACAAAGAUGAGUUCCAGGCGAGUACUUUGGGGGCGUAAUGGCUUUUGAGCUCGUCAUGGAUGAACAGUACUAAGCCUUGUUCAUUAAGGGAAUGAAAGGACUCGACACGCAGGCGAUCAAGAAUAAAGUAGCAUUACGAGCUUCUCUCACAGGAUCAAUCUUCAUGGACUCUGUCCGCGUGUCCCACGAUGCACUGUUGCCUAAAUCAAAGGGAUUGGGAUCACCGUUCUCUUGCUUGAACUCUGCUCGGUAUGGUAUCUCGUGGGGAGUCAUGGGCGCUCUGGAGGAUUGUGUCAACCGGACGAGAGCGUAUGCGCUGGAACGGCAUCAAUUUCAGCGUCCGUUGGCUUCAUUCCAGCUCGUUCAGAAGAAACUAGUUGAUGCCCAGACGGAGGUGACCUUGGGACUCCUAGCCAGCUUGCAAGUCGGCCGACUCAAGGAGGCCGGACAAUAUUCACCUGAGAUGAUAAGUAUGAUCAAGAGGAACAAUUGUGGGAAAGCUUUGCAACACUCGAGGAUUGUGCUGGAUAUUUUGGGCGGAAAUGCCUGUGCUGACGAAUAUCAUGUUGGAAGACACGUUGCCAAUCUGCAAGUCACUAAUACAUAUGAAGGAACUUAUGACAUCCACACUCUGAUACUUGGGAAAGCGAUGACUGGUAUACAAGCAUUUUUCUAAACAUGGACACAGCGAUAAUUCAUGUACACGCAAUUUCCGAC